AUGGAUAAGGCAGGUAGAGAGAAAACAAUAGAGGAAUCUGAUUUAACUGAGACAGAACUUAAGGAGUUAAAUGAGGCAUUUAAAGCAUUAGGUGUAAAACCAAAGACAAAGUCUGCUGCAGAACUUAGACAAUGGAUGGUUAGCUAUGCUAAAUGGACCACACCUGAAUAUCGACGAUCAGAAGAAACAUUUAAGCGAGAGUCUGCAUCAAGUGAACCUCUGGGUGCUACAAGUAGUCCCCAUGUGACAAAACACAUUACUCCACUCCAUGCACCUAAAUUGCCAGUUUUCUCGGGAGAUAAGAAAGGAGAUACCUCUUAUGACUUGUGGCGCUAUGAAGUCAAAUGUUUAAUGAAGGACGAUGUUAGUGCUGCAACAAUUCUACAAAGUAUUAGGAGAUCAUUGCGUUCAGGAGCAUCAAGGGUUCUAAUGCGCCUUGGUACAGAUGCAUCAAUUGAGGAAAUCCUUCACAAAUUUGACAGCGUAUAUGGCAUAGUAGAUGAUAAUGAGAACUUGUUAUCACAAUUCUAUAGUGCAUCACAGAAGGAAAAUGAGGAUGUAUCUGAAUGGAGUUGUAGACUAGAGGAUCUGCUAGACAAAGUCAUUCAGAGAGGAGAGAUAACUCCUACAAAUACAGAUCAGAUGCUGAGAAACAUGUUUUGGAAUGGCCUGUCGGAGAAGUUAAAAGAUAUUACAGGUCACAUCUUUAAAGAGUGUGGAGAUUUUGACCAACUUAGGCUAGCAAUAAGGAAAGUAGAGCAGGACAAGUUGAGAAAGAAAGACAUUGUUAAGAAAGCAACAAUAAACCAGGCGAUGCCAAGUAAUACACAGAUAGACGAGUUGAAGGCUAUGAUACAGAGCAUGAGCACUAAGAUGAAUGAGAUGAGAAAGGAAAUUAAUGAAGUACGCACUAGAUAUCAAGGAGAGAGACAUAAAUCAGAUCAAGGGAAUUAUAGUCGAGGCAAAGAUAAACAGCAAGGAAAAGACAUAACAUGCUUCAAAUGUGGUCAGAAAGGACACGUGGCAGUAGGAUGUAGAGUUCGACUUGACCACAAGAAAGAUUUAAACUCCAAAGGGCCUACAUCGAGACGCGGACGUCAGGCUACAAGACAGAACAGCGUCAACCAGGACUAA